AUGAAGCCCAUUGUAGAUUAUGAAGUGGCAGCCACUGUAGAUCCAACUCCAAUAAAAUUGUUGACACCAGGGACUGAUUUCCAAAAAUACCACACAUCAUGGUUGGAAGACAAAUGGUUUCCUUUCAUGGGGUUCGUAUUGGGUGCGGGUUCAAUCUGGUACACCUAUACAAUUAAUAGAAGGCCAUUUUAUUCUGGCAUACAUGUAAAGCUAGGCGCUGGAAUUGUUGGUGCUACUGCCCUCUAUUAUUACAAACAAUAUAGAACUUCAUAUUUGGCAGACAAAGAUGCUAUGUAUAGACACUACAUUCAAUUACACCCUGAAGAUUUUCAAGCUCCAGAACGCAAGAAAGUUGGCGAAUUAUUCAAGGAAUGGGUUCCUGUACGCUAA